AUGUCGUCUGGUACUUUGGAUGAGUUAUUGCAGAAAGUGGACGCUGCUGCUGCUAAGCAACAGGUGAGAAUCGUUUUCCAGACUCGGGAAGUCGGGAACAAGCAGCGAGCGCUUUACCAGUCUGAAAAUGUGCUGGAAAUCCCCAGCGAUUUACCGUAUGCAAGGCUCUUCCAAGAGCAAGCUGUGGCUGGAGUGAUCCACUGGGGUGAGCCCGAUAUCGUUGCGGAAAGUCUCUCGGCUGGCAAACCCAUCGGCAUGUGUGGCACACACUCGUGCCAACAGUUCAUGGCUAAUGUUUGUGAUCGAGCCCAAGUAAGUCUACCGUUGAUCGACUGGAGAACGUGCACA